AUGAUGUUGUUUCAUCGACAAAAGUUGGAAAAAGUUCUUAUAUCAUUUUCCAGAACUUAUUCUAAUAUUUCGCAUGAAUCUCUUCAGAUUCGUGAUGGCUUUUCUGGUAUGGUAGGUCGAACCCCUCUGGUGAGACUGCAAAAAGUCAGUGAAGAAACAAGAUGUAAUAUUUUAGCCAAAGCAGAAUUUUGUAAUGGUGGUGGAUCUGUCAAAGACCGUGCUGCCCUUUAUCUUAUCAAAGAUGCAGAAAAGAAAGGUUUGUUGAAAGCUGGUGGUACUGUGGUUGAAGGUACUGCGGGCAAUACAGGAAUUGGUUUAGCUCACAUCUGUCUUGCCCUUGGUUACAAAUGUGCCUUAUUCUUGCCUAACACCCAGUCCAAAGAAAAAUUUGAUAUGCUGCAGCUUCUUGGAGUUGAACUUUUCCCUGUUCCUGCUGUAGCCUUAACAGACCCAAAUCAUUACAAUCAACAGGCCAAGAGAUAUGCUCUUUCAAUUGAGAAUGCCGUGUGGACUGACCAAUUUGACAAUCAAGCUAACAGACUUGCUCAUCUCGAAACAACAGGGCCAGAAAUCUGGAGAGAAACAAAAGGCAAAGUUGAUGCAGUGACAUUUUCAACAGGCACAGGAGGAACAUUUUCAGGUGUAUCAAUUUACCUCAAAGAACAAAAUCCUCAUGUUCAGAGCAUUUUGGCAGAUCCACCUGGGAGUGUGGUAUACAACUGGUUCAAACAUGGUAAACUUGAAAGAUCAGUAGGGGAUUCAAUUACAGAAGGAAUUGGUCAGGGUCGAAUUACUGGAAAUAUGCAAGGAGCUCCAGUUGAUGAUGCCUUACUUAUUUCAGACAAUGAAACUGUUGAAAUGGUCUUUCGGCUUUUGGGAGAAGAAGGGUUCUUUGUUGGAGCCUCUUCAGGGCUGAAUGUUGCUGCUGCUGUGAAAGUUGCAAAAAAGUUAGGACCAGGACACACUAUUGUCACAUGUCUCUGUGACACUGGGCAGAGGUAUUAUGCAAAACUAUUCAGUGAAGCAGAAUUAAAGAAACGAGGUUUAUAUGAAGCUGUGCCUGAACAAUAUCGACAUUUUCUACAUUCGAGAAUUUAA